UAAUAAUUGUGUUGAAAAUUUCUAUUUCUGCGAUAUUCAUGACUAGAAUUUUGGAACAGAUCGGGAGAUUAAAAACCAGGAAGCAUUUGGAAACUUGUAAUCGAGUCCCAAAUGAGCAUUUUGAGAACUUUCUUUUUAGCAAACAACACAACAAUGCCUGUAACUCGGAAAUAAAAUUAGACCGGAUAAGCUACUUGAUAGCGCCGCGAUGCCAUGACAUAAGCGUAGGCGCACGGUCAGUCGGCUUUUAUGUACUUGGCGUCGCAAUGCUACCGCGUCGCGUGAUAAGAUCUAUGUAAAUUCAUUUUAUUAUUCUAAUGUGCUGUGUUCUCUCCCUGAACUUAUGCCCGCUAAUAACGAAACGUUCUGUAUAGGGUGAAUGCGCUGAAUCGAACAGACGACUAUCAAAAUACUGCGAGAAGCUUGAUUUUAACAUUAUAAAUUUCCUUUUUAUUCAGCGGGAUAUUUUGACAAAACAUUUUUUUAGCUCCGCACUUGCAUGAUCUUCUUUCUUCAUUUAUUUAAUAUGUUGACACGAUGUGAUAAUUAUUUUUACAUGAUAUAGUCUUUUUCGACUUGUUUUCUAAUUUUAUGAUUGAACUUUUCCGAAAAUGUUUCAUAAGAUUAUUCGCACGACGGACUUUUAUGGCACAGUUUUUUGAUUGAUUUUUUUGCGUAGAAUAAUCAGACUGUCGCUGAUAACGCGACACCCCGUAUAUAGAUGAGGGAAAUGGUGGGGAGUUUGAUAGAAACUCGGAGAGGGAGUUACAUCUGACUCAGUUUCCUCUCGUACAACAUUGCGCGAGGUCACCCUUCUCAUCCCCUUAGUGUACUCUCUCCGGCACAACCCUCCUCUUCCGCUCCCUUCUUCGCCUGAUCGCCUGUGUCGUCUUCAUCGUCGUCCGUGUCUUUUCACUCUGAGACAAAAAACUUGGCAUAAAAGUUACUCGCGCGUGUGUUUUAUCAUAGGAGAAAAGUGAUAAAAGUGAAAAGUGAAAAGUGAUCUUUCCGGUGUUAUUUUUGGAGCAAAUUUCGCACUUUAUCGUGGAUGGAUGAUUAUGACGAGAUAUCAUUGGAGGCUAUUAGUGUCAUUGCUGCUGACAUUCAGAUGCAUUCCAGGAGAACUGAAAUUUAUGAAGACUUGUUGCUUAUUUUGUCGCUGAACACACUUUGCAAGUAUCCUCCAAGUUUCUUCCGGAUUCACCCUGUACAUCGCGGAAAGCCUGUUCACGUGCACUAUUUCUGUCCAGAAUCCCAGCAACUCAUCAUCAAGAGCAUCAACGUUCCUUCCGCCGUGAAGAUCGGCGACGCCGAUCACGUGAUCCUCGACUGCGACUAUGCCUUGGAGAACACCUCGAGCCAAGGACUAGUGGUCAAGUGGUUCUUCAACGAGGACCAAUUGGUCUAUCAAUGGAUCCACGGCAGGUAUCCCUUGACUGAAGAACCAGCCGCGAAAUACGUCGAUCUGGAGUACAAGGCCAGCAAUGAUCCCCUCACACAGUAUCGAGCCAUGAAGCUGGAUAAGCCGGGUAUCGAUCUAACGGGUGAUUACAUGUGCGUGAUAUCGACGUUUGAGGAUGAGCGAGCGGCGAACGCUUCCAUGGUGAUCUAUUCAACAGAAGAAAAGUUCGACUUCCAGUACCAAAAAAAGAGUAUAGUAGGUGAUAAGGACGGGCUGGAAGUGAUGUGCAAAGCCGAAGGUCUUUAUCCUCAGCCAACUCUCGAUAUCUCGGUCAAUGAUCUUCCGGAAGGGCAAACUUCAAAGUUUAAUGCCACAGUGACACUUCGCGAAGAUGGAUUGUAUGAUAUCUUAUCUCGAGUAGACUUGCUAGACGAGGAACUACCGGAAGUUGCAGAACUCAAGUGCACCCUCGACAUCCCGAAAGCAAACUACAGCAUAUCACAAAAAACCAUCUACUAUUCCGGUAGCUUCGUCGACCGCGCAUCGAUUAAUCUUGUCCUGUUACCAAUAUACCUGGCUAUUCUCAUUCUGUUUCAUUAAUAAAACAAUCAAUAGGUAAGUUUGGACAGCGUUUGCUUCGACAAUUUUAACGAAAAAUCGAUUCAAAAUUUUAGCUUAUUUUUGAAAUGUUAAAAAUUUUGUAUUAUAUAUUCCAU